UGUGGCUACGUCUAGAGGUUUGUAACACUUGUGCCAACGCAAGUCACGUCGGCCGCUGCUGUCGUAAGCCUCUUUCCGUUGACCUGACGCACACUCUGCAGCCAGCUAGUAGAUUCGCACACUGUCCAGUGGCUAUUUUGUGUUCCUAACUCUACAGUUGAGGCGCUGGCGGCGCUAUACGAUCUUUACUUAAGCCCUUUCUGAUUUACGACGAGGAUCAGAACGUGUGAUUUGAUGUGGCGAAAAUCCAUUGGCCGAUCCACGCAAGAUGGCAGCGCCCAUGCAUGAUCUAGCAUUGUGAUUGUUUUCGCCGGCUUCUACAGUACACGUAUAUAGGCCCUACAUGUUAAAUUUCUACGAUUGUAUUUUAGUUUCGACUGGAAUUGUUGAGUGACCUGAAAUUCUAUACCAACAAUUGUUGGAAGACUGGUACAGUGUACAUGUAUGUUGCGUCUGAAGAACCAAAGGCCUGUCUGAUGCAGUAGGGCAGCUCAUCUUGGCCAUGCUUCCAACAAAGUCCGCAAUUUCAAUCGUCUCGAUCGUCUUUCUCCUGUUUGUCAGCGGAAGUGCGGCAAACAAAAAGAAAAAUGAGGAGGUUCAGAAAAAAUGUGACACCUGCAGAGCUUUGGUGAAGUCUUUCCAGGAGGGAAUGGAGCGAACGGCACGGUAUAACUUUGCUGGAGGUGACACUGAUUGGGAGGAAAAGAAACUAGGAAAAUACUCCACGAGUGAAACAAGAUUGAUAGAAAUUGUGGAGCAGCUGUGCUCAAAGGAUGAACACGAGUGCAAUAGAUUGCUUGAAGACCAUGAGGAACAGCUUGAGACUUGGUGGAAGGAACAUCAAACAGAUCAGCCGGAUCUUUUACAAUGGCUGUGCAUCGAUGCUCUUCUAAUUUGCUGUCCAGAUAAUAGAUACGGCCCAGAAUGCCAAGACUGUCCUGGAGGUCUGGAGAGACCAUGCAAAGGGAAUGGAAAAUGCUCGGGCGGUGGAACCAGGGCCGGUACAGGGAAGUGCAAGUGCAGUGGCGGUUAUAAGGGUGAGCUCUGUGACGUCUGCAAAAAUGGCUUCUACACAGAGACGGCUAACGAAACCCACACAGUCUGCACUGCCUGUGAUGAAUCCUGCGCAGCAACCUGCACCAAGGGCGGACCCACGGGGUGCAAGAAAUGCAAAGGGGGCUACAUUAAGGAUGAGGAAAAGGGUUGCCAAGAUAUUGACGAGUGCAAGCAAGAGACGCCUCCCUGCCAGUCAAAUGAAUUCUGCCAGAACUCCCUGGGGUCUUACCAGUGUGUGGCCUGCCACAUGGCCUGUGAUCAGUGUAUAGGGGAGGGCCCAGAGAGCUGCGUUAAGUGUAAAAGUGGCUUCAAAAUGGAGGAAACCACGUGCAAAGAUAUAGACGAGUGCGAAACGGAUGAGACGUGUAAGAAGGAUCACAUGUUUUGCAAGAACGUUCCAGGGAGCUUCCUGUGUGAAUGUGAGGAGGGUUAUCUCCAAAUCACAGACGGAUGCGUCCCCAAGUCAGUAUUGGAUGGCAAGGGCAGCCCCCCGCAACCGUCAAUGAGCCUCAAAGAUGGUGAUGUGCCACCUGCUGAAGAAACAGAUCAGGAAGCGGACAGCACCACUGCCAAAGGAGGGGAGGCUGACAGUGUCGGUGUGGAAUCUCAGAGUAGAGCAACUGGGGGAAAUGAAUCUAACAGUGAGAAACAGAAUGAUUCACUCAACAAAAAUGAAUUAAGACACGAGGGGCGAGACAGCUCAGAGCAGAAUCGAGAUGAAUUAUGAUGCCGGUUUGGGUUUUUUUAUUCUACUUAAUUUCAAUCCCUCAAAUCCCAUACUAUUUAUAAAAAGUCAUUCCUUGCUAUUUUCACAACUGUGUAAGUCAGAAAAAAUGAUUUUAAGCACAACUUAAUAGCACCUUUUUACUUAUGGAAACAUUACAAAGUUAAUGCUGUUAUGUUAUGAGCAAUGCCAACAAUGGAAGUGAGGUGGUUUUGUGGAAUUAUGGUAGAAUAGCCUUUAACUUCUGGUAUUUGUGGGAAAAAGCUGAUAUUAUUCUAAGUUGGUCAUGAAAGGAGCAAUUGUUUUGUUGUAGGUAAAACUUUGUAAUAGAGUCUGGAAGUCUAAAACACACAGUAAUAUAUGUAUUUGAAAUCUAA